GUAGUCGUCGCGGUCCAACUCGACACCAUGGCUACUGCUUACGAACGCGCCCGCGAAGCCGCUGGCAGUACCAAGAAGCGCGAUGAGCUCGUGGCCAUCGAGGAGAAGAUCCGCGCCACCUGGGAGGAGAAGAAGCUUUUUGAGCAAGAUGCCCCCGAGGAUGGUGCGGCCCAUGCCGAUGAGAGCUACAUGGUCACCUUCCCCUACCCCUACAUGAAUGGCCGCCUGCAUUUGGGUCACCUGUUCACGGUGUCCAAGGCUGAGUACGCAGCCGGCUUUCAGCGCAUGAAGGGCAAGAAGACCCUUUUCCCGUUUGGUUUCCACUGCACUGGCAUGCCCAUCAAGGCCUGUGCCGAUAAGCUCACCUACGAGCUGGAAACCUUUGGCAACCCUCCUCAGUUUCCCGAGGAUGCGGAGGCCAAGACGGAUGCCAAGCAGCACAAGAAGAUUGCUGCCAAGACGGGCGGUGCACGGUACCAGUACACCAUCAUGCAGAACAACGGCAUCCCUGACGAGGAGAUUCCCAAGUUCACGGACACCGACUACUGGCUGCAAUACUUCCCCCCACAUGCCAUUGCGGACCUGAAGGUUUUUGGCCUCAAGGCUGAUUGGCGCCGUGCCUUCAUUACCACGGACGCCAACCCCUUCUACGAUGCUUUUGUCAAGUGGCAGUUCAACACGCUGAAGCAGCUGGAUCUGGUGCGCUUCGGCAAGCGUUACUCCAUCUACUCUCCCAAGGACGGCCAGCCUUGCAUGGACCACGAUCGCUCUAAGGGCGAGGGCGUGGGUCCUCAAGAGUACACGGGCAUCAAGAUGCGCGUCGUGGAGAUGCCUGCGGCCCUGGCCGCCUUUGAGGGCAAGAAGGUCUUUUUUGUGGCCGCCACCCUGCGCCCCGAGACCAUGUACGGGCAGACCAACUGCUGGAUGCACCCUACCAUCACGUACAUUGUGUGGCAAUCGGUCAACGACGAGAUCUUUGUCACCACCCGCCGCGCAGCCCGCAACAUGAGCUACCAGGACCUCACCCCUGAGCUCGGCAAGGUUGAGAUCCUGGCAGAGGUCGAGGGUAGCCAGCUCUUGGGCGUCAAGCUGUCGGCCCCCAAUGCCGUCAACAAGGUCAUUUACACCCUGCCCAUGAUGACCAUCAAGGAGGACAAGGGCACAGGUGUCGUGACCUCGGUGCCCUCGGAUGCCCCCGAUGACUAUGCCGCCCUCAAGGACCUCAAGAAGAAGCAGGCCUUCCGCGAAAAGUACAACAUCAGCGAUGAGAUGGUCCUGCCCUUUGAUCCCGUUCCCAUCAUCCGCUGCCCAGAUCAUGGCGACGUCAUUGCCGCCACUCUGUGCGAAGAUAUGGGCGUGCAAAGCCAGAAUGAUACCAAGAAGCUGGCCGAGGCCAAGGAAAUUGCCUACCGUCAGGGCUUUUACAACGGCACCAUGAUCAUUGGCGAGCAUGCGGGCAAGGCCGUUCAGGAAGCCAAGGUGCUGAUUCAGGAAGAAAUGAUCCAGAGCGGCGAUGCCAUCAAGUACAUGGAGCCGGAAAAGUCGGUCAUCUCGCGUUCGGGUGAUGAGUGCGUGGUGGCUUUGACCGAUCAGUGGUUCCUGAUCUACGGCGAGGAAAACUGGCGUGCCAAGGCCGAGGACUGCCUCAAGCAGAUGAACGUCUUUGAUCCCGCUGCGCGCGACGCCUUCCUCCGCACUCUUGACUGGCUCCAUGAGCACGCCUGCAGUCGCACCUAUGGCCUGGGAACAAAGCUGCCCUGGGACGAAAGCUGGCUCAUUGAAUCUCUUUCCGACUCGACCAUCUACAUGGCCUAUUAUACCAUUGCCCACCUCCUCCAAGGUGGCUCUCUGGACGGUAGUGCCGGCUCGCCCAUCGGCAUCACGCCUGAGCAGUGCACGGACGAGUUCUUCGACUACGUCUUCCUUGGCAAGGCCGUGAGCGACGAUUGCCCCGUCUCCAAGGAAAUCUUGGACAAGUGCCGCAACGAAUUCAUGUUCUGGUACCCCAUGGAUCUCCGCGUUUCGGGCAAGGACUUGAUUGGCAACCAUCUCACAUACUCGCUUUACAACCACUCUGCCAUCUUCCCUCGCGAAAUGUGGCCUCGUGCAUUCCGCGCCAACGGUCAUCUCCUGCUGGACGGUGACAAGAUGUCAAAGAGCACUGGCAACUUCUUGACGCUCUACCAAGCAAUUGAUCUCUUUGGCACUGAUGCCACUCGCCUGUGCCUGGCCGAUGCGGGCGACGCGAUUGAAGAUGCCAACUUUGAGCUCAAGUCGGCCAAUGCGGCUGUGCUGCGCCUGUACAACGAGAAUGAAUGGGUGGCGGAGACCCUCCGUGCGCUGCCCGAACUGCGCGCAGGCGCCAUGGACACCUUCUUUGACAAGGUGUUCGUGAACGAGAUUAACAGCUGUGUCUUGGCGGCCGAGGCAGCCUACGAGAAGCUCGAGUUCCGUGAUGCCAUCACCAAGGGCUUUUUCCAGCUGCAGCUGGCUCGUGAUCGUUACCGCAAGGGAUGCAAGCUGACUGAUAUCCCCAUGCACCGCGAUCUGGUGACCCACUUUAUCCGCAUGCAAGCCAUUAUCAUGGCACCAGUUUGCCCUCACAUUGCCGAUCACUUCUGGAGCCUCCUGGGUCUGGAGGGCAGCGUGGUCGACGCACAGUGGCCCAAGAUUGACCCCGUGGACCCUAUUCUCCUGCGCCAAGGCACCCACCUGGACCUGCAAGAGUCCCUGACUCGUCAAAAGAUUGACAAGUUCAGCGCCAAGAAGAAGAAACCCGUGACCAAGGUGCUGCUGUACGUCUCGAAGGAGUACCCCGAAUGGCAGCGUCUGGUGCUGGAUCUGCUGGCCGAGAAGUACAACGCUGCGGACAAGUCGUUCCCCGAUCGCGGCACCCUCUUUAAGGAGCUUAUGCAACACGAUGUUUGCAAGGCCAACAAGAAGAACCUGAUGUCCUUUGUGGCUGGCAAGAUGGAUGAGACCCUGCAGCAGGGCACAGACGCCCUGGAGAAGACGCUGCCCUUUGAUGAGAUUGGCAUGCUGCAGAAUAACCUCCCCUACUUGACCACCGCUCUGAACGUGAACAUUGAGGUCUUGCCGGCUUCGGAAGGGCCUGAUAAGGUCAAGGAGAUGUGCUGCCCCGGCAAGCCAUCAAUCGAGCUGGAGUUUUAAGUUGGUGGCCAAAUUGC